UUCUUUGCUAAGGUGUACGUCUUUGAUACUAGUUGAGACCAUGGGAGUGGCACUGGCAAGAGCGGCUCAGUGGACUGCUGCUGGUUCUGGAACUGGCACACUCGAAAUCACCCCUUUGAACGAAUCUCUUUUAAAUCAAAUUAUUAAGUUUGUGGAGGACUUCAGCGCUAGACAUCCUCGGGAAGCAGCAUUUGUCUUCAGAGAGCCCCUUGAGUGGAAAACGCGAUUGGGCUGUUCAGUAUUUGAAGAGGGUUAUGAGAUCAAUGAAGCAACUGUUCAGUCUGAAGCCAAAGGUAAAGAUGGCCAACCAUUGCUUCUCCUCACGGCAUCAACUCUCAGAGUUCGCAGUUUUGACCAGCUGUCCUGUUUGCUACAAAUUGCUAUGGAAGAAAAGUUAAAGGAAGCACAGGCAUGCCUUGAAGCUAACAGAGAUCCUAUAGUGAAAAUUCUUGGCCCUGAGUAUGGGACUGUUGAAGGAGAAGAUAUGUUCAUGUUGAAUUUACUUGACAAAGUGAAAAAAGAUGAUGACCCUGAAACAGAGAUGAAAAUGAAAAUCUUUCUUCUUCUUCAUCAGCUGGAUUUACAACUGCUUAAUAAUUCUUUGAAACACAUUUCACAAGACGUAAGACUAAAUCCAGCUGCUAUAAAUAAUGAAGUGAAUCUUCUCAAGAAUUUCUCUGGGAAAGGAGAAGAUACAGUACUGGAAUCACUGGAAUAUACAUCAGAUUACACAUUCUCUAAUGGAUGCCGAGCUCCACCCUGGAGACAAGUGCAUGGAGAAAUUUGUUACUUAGUCAUCAAACCACAUGACACUGAUCCUUUGUAUGUCACUUGCAGCACAGCAGGAGUUUUUUUAAAUGGAGGUGAGCUAAAGGGUAAAGAUGACAUUGACUAUGAAAGAAAAAGUGAUGUAUAUAAAGAUAUUGUCACCUUUUUAAGGGAGAGAUCACCUAGAUUUGUAGAAAGUAUGUCUAAACAGAUAGCUGCUGUUGGUCAUGGUUCGAGAUGGUAUCCUGGGAUAAAUGGACCUGUGGUCUAUCUGCAUAUACUCAUUCUUUGUUCUUGUAUCACAGACAGUAAAACAUCAGGCAGGUUUGAAGACAUUAGUGAAAGUUCCUCAGAGACUGAGGAAGAUGAAGAACAGCCUGUACGCCAUCAGGAAGGAAACACCGAUUUGCCAUCAGAAUACUGGGGAAUUCAGAAACUUGCAAAAUACUUAAAGGGGGGUAAUCCAACAGCUACUGUAAUCGCAUUGUGUUCAAUGAAGGAUUUCAAUCUGGCUCAAGAAACCUGUCAGCUGGCUAUCAGAGACACUGGAUGUCUUGAAGUGUUAAUUAAUUUACUUGAUACAGAAGAAAUUAAAUGUCAGAUUGGUUCAUUAAAAAUCCUGAAGGAAAUUAGUCAAAAUACACUGAUCAGACAUGCAAUUGCAUAUCUUGGAGGCUUACAGAUCAUGGUGAAAAUACUGGACUCUCCAGAUAAAGUUCUAAAAUGUUUGGCAGCUGAAACAAUUGCUAAUGUUGCUCGAUUUAAAGAAGCACGAAGGACAGUAAGGCAGCAUGGAGGAAUCAAGAGACUGGUUGGGCUGUUGGAAUGUGUUUCAGUAGGAUCAAUCAGUCUAACACCAUAUCAAGCAAAAGAUACUGAAAUAGCACGCUGUGGGGCUUUGGCACUCUGGAGCUGCAGCAAAAGCAUCAAAAAUAAAGAAGCAAUCCGUAAAGCUGGUGGCAUUCCGUUAUUAGCUAGAUGGCUCAAAUGUUCACGUGCAAACAUCUUAACCCCAGUAGUGGGGACACUACAAGAAUGUGCCUCAGAACCAAGUUACAGGCUUGCAAUAAGGACAGAAGGAAUGAUUGAGAACCUUGUGAAAAAUCUGAGUAGUGACCAUGAGGAGCUUCAGAUGCAUUGUGCAAGUGCCAUAUUUAAGUGUGCAGAAGAUAAAGAAACACGUGACCUGGUUAGACAGCAUGGAGGUCUACAACCACUAUCUGUUCUGCUUGGUAACUCUGAAAACAAACAACUUUUAGCAGCUGUGACAGGAGCAAUCUGGAAAUGUGCGAUCAGUGGAGAAAAUGUGUCAAAAUUUCGGGAAUAUAAAGCCAUAGAAGCUUUGGUAGGACUGCUCACUGACCAGCCUGAAGAAGUUCUUGUAAAUAUCGUUGGAGCACUGGGAGAAUGUUGCCAAGAGCCAAUAAAUCGAACUAUUAUCCGUAAAUGUGGUGGAAUACCACCUCUAGUGAAGUUACUUACUAGAACUGAUCAGGCACUACUUGUGAAUGUCACCAAAGCAGUGGGAGCUUGUGCAAGAGAACCUGAAAAUAUGAUGAUAAUUGACCGUCUAGAUGGAGUUCGUUUGUUAUGGUCAUUGUUGAAAAAUCCUAAUCCAGACGUUCAAGCAAGUGCAGCUUGGGCUAUUUGUCCUUGCAUUGAAAAUGCUAAGGAUGCUGGCGAAAUGGUUCGAUCCUUUGUUGGUGGCUUGGAACUGAUAGUCAAUUUGCUAAAAUCAAAGAAUAAAGAAGUUUUAGCAAGUGUAUGUGCAGCCAUUACAAAUAUAGCUAAAGAUGAAGAAAAUUUAGCUGUUAUAACAGAUCAUGGAGUCAUCCCUCUGUUGUCCAAACUAGCAAACACAAACAAUGACAAAUUAAGACGUCACUUAGCAGAGGCCAUUUCCCACUGUUGCAUGUGGGGGAGCAAUAGAGUUACCUUUGGAGAGACCAAGGCUGUAGCUCCUUUAGUACGCUACUUGAAGUCAAAUGAUCCGUCAGUUCAUAGAGCUACAGCUCAGGCUUUAUAUCAGCUUUCAGAGGAUCCCAACAACUGUAUCACUAUGCAUGAAAAUGGAGUGGUGAAGCUCCUACUGGCCAUGGUAGGCUCUACAGAUGAAACUCUGCAGGAGGCAGCAGCUGGUUGCAUAGCAAACAUUCGCAGAUUGGCUCUAGCAACAGAAAAGGCAAAGUAUGGCUGA